GUUUAUAUGGAGAGCCAUAUUCAGAGAGCAAUCUGUCCUGUUUCCUUUUUCCUCGUGGGAACUUGUUUGCAACCCACAAAUAUCAACAUGACACUGACUGUUCAGAGCAGUUCCUGUUUUAACCCUCACAGUCCUCCAACACUUCCCAGUUCUGUUUCCCUUCAGCUCAUAUUGACAUAGAGAGAGAUGAAGUUCAUCACAGAGAAUAUUUUUACCUCUCUCAGGAGCAGAGCAGGAUCUUGCAGACAGGCUCUUCCGUCUGCCUUGCUGUAUCUCUGGGAUGUUUACUCCGUACCUACACCAGCUGGCAGAGACAUCCUGGCUCUUCUGUCCCUCUGUUUGGCGCUCGCCAUCAUAACAGGCGGUCUGCUCCAUCACUGGUUGUCGAACACUCUGAAAUACAACCAUGAAGGGUCCAUCCCGACCGCCUGUAUCUACAGUGUGGCUGUGUUCCUGGUCUCCUUCCUGUGUCAUCCCCUGCGCUGCGUGCUGACUAUGACUCUGCCCACUGUCUGCACCAAAGAGGGGCGAAAACUCCUCAUCUCAGCCUCUGUCAUGAUUUUAGUCUUGAACGUCGUCCCUAAUAUCUCAGUGAAUGUUGGAGCGGUCGCACACAUCCUGAAGUGCACUGCUGAGGGAUUUACGAAGACUUUACUCAACUCAUCUGAACCUUUAAACAAAGCAAAGCAAGACCUUGUUGAGGAAACCAUCAAAGUGAGAAGGGAAGACUUGAGCAUUGUCACAAACUUGAGGAAGUUAGAUCACUUCACUCAUGUUGAUGUGUCAGAAGUUAAAAGCAGGUUUUCUCAGAUGAUUGGGCAGAUAGAGGUCAACUUCUCUUACGCUAGGAGCCUGCUCAAGGAAUACAAACUGCUGUCAAACAGGAUCCUUGCUGCCAUUUUUGUUGCUUUGCUCGUCUUUGAAUCUGCACGCUAUUUAAAGUCUUAUCUGACGUCGGUUCAGUUUGACAACGGCUACAUCUCUCAGGAGCUCCAGAACAAGGUGACUCAUGCUGCUAACAAAAGGCCAGCUAAAAAUAAACCUUGUCACACAUGCUGCAAAAUAACAAGUGAGGAAUGCACCUCCUGUUUUAUAUCACUGAUUAUGGUAACAUUAUACUUCAUUGCAAUAGCCAUUAUAGUAGCUUUGGAUCAUGUUGUGUAUCAUAUAGUUCAGAUGGUUUUGCCAUGGUUACUGGAUUUUCCACCAACAUCUGCCAUACUGAGUGUUGAUUACAAGGUAACGUGGUUCCCUCCUGCUUUUUGCCUCAUUCCAUCAAACUGCAUAACACGGGAGCUCACAAACUUCCACAGGGAUUACAAGUGGUCCUUCAACCCCGAGCCGUCGCUCUGUGACGUGUCGACUUCAGCUCCAAGCCUGGGAGUCUCACUCCUGCUGGGAUGUCUGUGGCUGAUGAGCUACGCUCUGGUGUUCCUCGAGGUUUACGCCAGACGACUACGCAGGAAAAUCUCUGCGUCCUUUUUCAGAGAACAGGAGGAGAAGAGGGUGGCUUACUUAGAGAAGAAAAUACUUGACAAGAUGAAGAAAAAGGUGCAAAAAGUGGGUGGUUUGGUUGACGUCACCAGUGGUUGAAAUUGCUCCGAAGAAUGCUACGCUAGCCUUUGAUUUUUGCAUAGUUCUAAGAGUAGUGAUCUCAGUCGGUCGGUCCAUCACUUUGACCCAAAUUUAAAUAUCUCAAUAGCUGCUCGACGGUCCCAACAGACAUUCAUGGUCCCCAGAAGAUCAAUUGUACUGACACUGGUUGUCUUCUGACAGUUGUUCUUCUUGUGCCAACAUAGGUAGGGAUGUUCCAAAGCAACUUAUUUUCAAGUUGGUUAGACAGAAAUCUUAAUUCUGACUAACCAAGUAGUCUAAAGGUUAGAAAACACUCAAAGAACAACUUUUGAACACUGUGUAUUCAAAACAGCCAAAUGGGAUCACAGACUGAUUAACUGAAGCUACAGCCCCGGCCAGUGGCAUGUGGCUGUGCUACAGCUUAAACACAACAUAUAACCCGCAUCUCGAGCCAACAAUAAUAUAGAAUAUGAAUUAAUUGUUUAACUGACUAGUAGCGUUGGUGCUGACUAGUGAGGUUGAGUAUGUUGUGAUUGUUGUCUCCGCAACAAUAAGAUGGGUUGUUAUGAGAUUUAAAAUGUGCACCCUUGUAUAGUUACAUCUCCACUUCUGUCUCAUAUGAGGAAACUGACCUCAGUUCUUCUCUGUGGUUAAUCUGGUGAAUCAGGUUUGAUGCUUCAGGUGUAGUGGAUUUGUAUGCACUGUUUCUUUGUCCUUCUGUUACUCGGAUCUUUUGAUAGCUACC